AUAUUAGAAAAAGAAUACUAGUCCAUAUAAGGUCUAUGAUCAUCGCCUAUUCCUAACCUAGAGGUUUCUUUUAAAUAUUCAGUUGAUCUGCAGCAAGAGAACCCAUUGAUAAUUAAACCUGAUAAAAAAAAUUAAUGGCACAUCUUACAAGCCCUAGUUCCUCAAUAACAUCUGUAAUUCCAAAGUUUUCAACUGUACAAAUAAUACCCAAAGCAGUGCCACUUAAAAUAAUUAAGCCUCAAACUCUUGCAUAUACUUCUGUCAUAACCUGUACAAGAGGCUCAACAGAAAACUUAACUACAAGUGUACCUUUGGAUUCUGUAUCAAUUAAAUCAGAUUCAUCAGAUGAUGAAGAAAAGAAUACUGCUGUUUUCAACAAGGAUGGCCAUUUUAUUUGGAAUCACAAAACCAUAAUGUUAUUUUUCACAGAGUAUGCGUAUCAUGAAAAAAAGUUACAGAAAAAGAAAUAUCAAAGUAAAGAAGCUAUGUUUCAAGCAUUAGCAGAAUCAUUUCAAAAAAAAGGUUAUAUGAAUGCUACAAAAAAUCAUAUGAAAAAUAAAUUCAAAUUAUUAAAGAAGAAAUGGGACAAGUACAUUCUACGGACUAUGGGAGAAAACAGUUCUGCAAAAAGCAUAAAACCUCCUUCAUAUGAAAAUGAAAUGAUAAAUAUAUUUGGAAAAAAUCUCAAUGGAGUGCCACCUUAUGUGACUGGUCACAACAAAAUUGUUUCUCAGAAAACGAUUUUGCAAAAAGUUAGUCAAACUUUGUCUGAAAAUAAUGAAGAGCAAUCAUCUAUCAAGGUACACCCACCAUUUUCGACACUAUCAAUGAUUAGCAACAAAUCACAAGCAAUGGCGAAUAGCGAUAGAUCUUCUAUAACAGAUAGCAAUUGUUCAUCUUUAAUAAAUACGAAAACAAACAUUCAAGAUGGUAAGUUGUCGCUUAUUCUGCAAUCAGUUAGGGAAUCUAUUUGUAAUAUGCAACAAGAAGAAAAUGAUGUCAAACAAGAAAUAUGUACUAAAAUGUUAGUAGAGUUUCAAAAAUGUAAUGAACGCUUAAAUGUAAUGAAUGAAUUACAAAAAGAGCGUAACAUCAUCUUGCAAAAGCAACUUCAGGUAUUAGAGAGACUGGACAAAAAAAUAUAUCUAACACAAAAACAAUCAGACGAUAAAUUGUAA